AUGGAUAAUGACACAACUGUAUUUCUUCUGUUGGAAUUUUCAAAGAUAUGGGAAAUACAGAUUAUGUACUUAACUUUAUUCCUGGUACUCUAUUUAAUGACAAUAACAGGGAACUUUCUUAUUAUCUCUGCAGUUGCUUUGGAUUCCCACCUUCACACCCCCAUGUACUUCUUCUUGAUGAAUUUAGCCCUGCAAGAUAUUGGUUCUGUUUCAGUCAUCGUUCCCAAAGCUGUUGUUAAUUUGGUCAUGAAUAGAAGGUAUAUUUCCUAUUCAGGGUGUGUUGCUCAAGUCCUCUUGUUUGUCUUUUUCCUGGGCUCUGAUGUCGGCAUCCUUACUGUCAUGGCCUAUGAUCGGUAUGUGGCCAUUUGCAAUCCUUUGCAAUAUGAAAUGAUAAUGAACAGUAGGAUCUGCACGAAAAUGGUUGGCAGCGUGUGGAUUACCAGCUUUUUCAAUGCUGUGUUAAACACAAUGGGAACUUUUACUAAUCAUUUCUGCUCUAAUGUGAUCAAUCAAUUCUACUGUGAAAUCCCACAGUUACUUAAGUUUGCUUGCUCAAAUGUAUAUGUAAUUGAAAUUGGAUAUAUAAUAUUUACUUUGACUUUAGUAUUUGGUUGUUUUGUGUUCAUUAUUAUUACAUAUGUACAGAUCUUCUCUGUUGUUUCAAGAAUCCCUUCUGUUCAGGGAAAGAAAAAGGCCUUCUCCACUUGUUUUCCCCACUUCACAGUUUUAUCCAUAUUUUUGUUUUCUUCCUCAUUUGCUUACCUGAGGCCUCAGUCUGACAAACCAUCACACCUUGAUUUAACUAUUACAAUAAUGUAUUCCAUUAUUCCACCCAUGUUGAAUCCAUUAAUUUAUAGCAUGAGAAACAAGGAUAUCAAAGUUGCUCUGGCAAGAAUUCUUGGGCUGAGGAGAUUCAUUUUAAUGGAAAAUGUAAUUGCAGAGACGGACAAAAGUGAACAAUAG